UGUGUGUGAGAUUACAGAUCCGAUCAGAGAGAUGGCAGAAACCGCUCCAGCUGCAGCCGCCCCGCCGGCCAAAGCGCCCAAGAAGAAAUCUGCUGCUAAACCCAAGAAAACGGGUCCAAGCGUCGGUGAACUCAUCGUCAAAACUGUGUCCGCAUCCAAGGAGAGGAGCGGCGUGUCUCUCGCCGCCCUGAAGAAAGCUCUCGCCGCCGGUGGAUACGAUGUGGAGAAGAACAACUCCCGUGUCAAGAUCGCCGUUAGGAGUCUGGUGACUAAAGGCACUCUGGUCCAGACCAAAGGGACCGGCGCCUCCGGCUCAUUCAAGCUCAACAAGAAACAAGCCGAGAGCACGAAGAAACCCGUCAAGAAAGCCGCUCCUAAAGUCAAGAAGCCCGCAGUCAAGAAACCCGCCGCUGCUAAGAAGCCCAAGAGUGCCGCGACUAAGAAACCUGCCGCCAAGAAAUCUCCCAAGAAGGCGAAGAAACCAGCAGCCGCCAAAAAGGCAACGAAGAGCCCCAAGAAGGCCAAGAAACCAGCAGCCGCCAAGAAAGCCGCCAAGAGCCCCAAAAAGGCCAAAGCUGCCAAACCCAAAACGGCAAAGACUAAAGCAGCCAAGCCUAAAAAAGCAGCUCCCAAAAAGAAGUAAAUGAACUCACAGAGUUUCUUCCUCAAAACGGCUCUUUUAAGAGCCACCCACUAAUUCAUAUGAAAGAGCAACACUUCGAUUUGUUUUAAUAUUUUUAUUUAUUUUGUAAUGCUGUAUUACAGAUUGGUUGUUAGAGGACACAAUCACUCCUGACUAUGAAUGAAACCAAAAGCUGCAUAUUCAGAAAAUGGCAAACCCGGUAAUGAAACAUUUUAUUCAGUGUAAGUUUCACCCGCCUGACAAGUUCAAGUGUUGAGUUUAAAAUCAAGAGUUUCAUAAAACCAUAAAAUGAAGGAGUGGAAGAGGAAGAGAGGAGAUGCAGUAGUG